GAAUCAUUGCUGAGGUGAUGAUUAUGGCAGGUCGUAGAAGUAGAUUCAAAUCUCAACAGGCCGGCAAGAGAAGAUUGUUCUUAGACUUUCACAAAACAUUAUAUAUUGUCAUUAUUCAUUAUGCAUUAUAUACUCUCACUCUAACGCAGAAGAGGGAAUAUAAAAUUUUGAGAAAACCAGAAUCCACAUUUGUCUCAAUUCAAUAGAGAUUCACACCACAACUUUGUCAACAUCCACUGGCAGUGAUCAUGGGUUUCGAAGGAGACGAAGAAUCCUCCUCUCCUCAGAUUUCAACAAAAUCCCCAUUUAGAUAUAACUCUCCCUUGGUCCAAGUUUUGUUAAUUGGAUUGGUUUGCUUUUGUUGCCCUGGUAUGUUCAAUGCCCUCAGUGGUAUGGGGGGCGGGGGCCAGUUGGAUUCUACCGUUGCGGAUAACGCUUUAACUGCUCUCUACACCACUUUCGCAAUAUUCGGCAUCAUCGGCGGGGGUGUAUACAACAUCCUUGGCCCUCGUUUCACCCUCUUUGCUGGCUGCUCCACUUAUGUCCUUUACGCUGGAUCCUUCCUUUAUUACAAUCACUACAAGGACCAAACCUUCGCUAUCAUUGCAGGCGCAAUUCUUGGAGUGGGUGCUGGCUUUCUCUGGGCAGGUGAAGGCGCCAUCAUGACUUCCUAUCCACCCCCUGGUCGAAAGGGCACUUACAUUUCUAUCUUUUGGAGUAUUUUCAACAUGGGUGGUGUUAUUGGUGGUCUUAUUCCCUUUGUCCUAAACUACCACCGGACCACUGCUUCUUCCGUCAAUGAUGGUACCUACAUUGGCUUCAUGUGCUUCAUGUCUAUAGGGACUCUCACUUCUCUUGCCAUUUUGCCCCCCAGUCGUGUGGUUCGCGAUGAUGGUUCGCCAUGCACCAACAUCAAGUACUCCAACGUUUCAGUGGAGUUUGUGGAGAUUCUCAAGUUGUUCCUUAAUUGGAAGAUGUUGUUGAUUGUUCCGGCUGCAUGGUCUAGCAACUUUUUCUAUACCUACCAAUUCAAUAACGUGAAUGGGGUGUUGUUUAAUUUGAGGACAAGAGGGUUCAACAAUGUAUUCUAUUGGGGAGCACAGAUGGUGGGAUCAAUUGGGAUUGGAUACAUACUGGAUUUCAGUUUUAAGAGUAGGAGGACUAGAGGUUUGUUUGGAGUUAGCUUGGUGGCGCUAUUGGGUACUGGAAUAUGGGCAGGUGGAUUGGCUAACCAGCUUAGAUACUCUCGCAACAAGGUACUAGACAAGUUGGAUUUCAGGGAAUCGGGUUCUGAUUUUGUUGGGCCUUUUUUCUUGUAUUUUUGUUUUGGGUUGCUGGAUGCUAUGUUUCAGAGCAUGGUUUACUGGGUUAUUGGAGCCUUGGCGGAUGAUUCAGAGACCUUGAGCAGGUAUAGUGGAUUCUAUAAAGGAGUCCAGAGUGCAGGAGCUGCAGUUGCUUGGCAAGUUGACAACCACCAUGUGUCCUUCAUGCAUCAGCUGGUGGUGAAUUGGUCACUCACAACACUAAGCUAUCCUUUGUUGUGGGCUCUCGUGUUCUUGGCUGUCAAUGAUGACGUCCAUGACGAAAAGAAGCUUAUUGACGAAACUCCCAAGGAGGUUAACUCUUCUAUUAUUACCUAAUCUACCCUUGCACUGAUGCAAAAGUUUAAGUUUCUACUAUUUUCAUUUCUGCUUUCUUUUUUCAAUAUCUUCGUGAUGUAAUGCGUUCAUUACAUGUUGCCAUAAACACAAUAAUGUUGUACACAAUAUGGUCAUAUUCAUAUAUGGUCACGGAUCUAAUCAAUUAAAAUCAAGUUUAUCUUA